AUGAGAGAGCCUCCUCACCGACAGAAGGUGAUCGAAAAGUACCUCCAAGGAUUACGUCAUGACGACGGCUACUCUCAUGGCUACCUGAAGUCAGACGAAGAGCUAAAGCUUUUUGAGAGGUCCCUGGCUGCCGUCAACGAGAGGUAUGCUGUGCGGACAUCAAGAGACCUGAGCAAGUCGUCUAAAUCCAAUGUCGUCUUCUCCAUGAUCCACUGCGGAUCUCGAAUCUCUCUGGACAAUGUGCCGUUCCGAGUUGUCAAGGAAACCGUCAAAGUGUGCAUAUUUGGAACGGAGUACUACAAGAAAACUCGGGAGAAAAAAAAAAGAACAGAGUUCAAGUACCACUGACUGGCAGAAGGAGGUGUACGAGAAGAAGCGGGUGAACCUCCAAGGCACAAAGAAGAAGGGGUGCGCAGCAACAAUGAAUCUGAAGUGGAUUGAGUUGUACCCAGAUUUCCAGGUGGAUGUGCCCCAGCCAUGCGGCCAGACAAGAGAGGGUCGUCUGAAAGCCGACAAGGCCAAGGAGCUGCAGGAGGCACUUGACGCAGAGCAGCAGACUGUGGUCAAAGAGACGCGGGUAUAUGUUAGGAUUGCCGACUGCAGUUCCCGUCAAAACCAUGGUUUCGAGGACAUGGAAGCUUUCAGCCAAAACAUGGACAAGAGCG